CAGAGCCUCCGGCCGGUGGUGGCAACACAUCCCGGGAAAACCCACUGGGAAGAGGGAGCUGGAGAUGGACAAGGGAGGGGAGACGAGGGGGGAGCGUGGCGACAGGUAAGGGGCAGCGUGGGGAAGGGCGAGUGGUGAGUGGUCUAGGCCCCAGCACAAAUAUAAGCCGCCGUGUGUCCCCACCGCCCGCAGUUCCUCUCUCAGCAGCAGUCUGGAAGAUGAGAACCCGUGGGCUGCUACUGACGGUGCUGGUGGUGGCCGGGGGGGCUUGGGCACAGUAUUCGGGACAGCAGCAGCAGGAGCUGUUCACUUGUGCUCAGAAUGAGCAGUGCGUGUACUGGGCCAACUGUUACGAGGGUUCCCUCAACACUGGCGGCAUCGGCCUGAUCGACCCUCGUACACCCCUCCCCAUCCCCAGCAACAUCACCGACGCCCGCCCGUGUGAGGGUGUAGGGAGGCUGUGCUGCACUAACCCUAACUACGAGCCCCAGGUCCAGUGUCCUCUCCAUUUCCUGUGCGUGCAGACGGCGCAGUGCAUCAAUGGUGAAAUAAACACCUCGGGCAUUGGCCUUAUCAACCAACGCAUCGGAGGUUCGGUGUGUGGUAACCCUGAGUACCCAAAUGUGGACGCAGUGUGUUGCAAGCGACCUGAGCCUCUGCCUCUGGUCACCUGCCCCGCUCCUGAGCAGACCUGCCGUCUCUCCUAUGAGUGUGACGUGAGCACCGGCACUUACGAUGCCAGUGUGAGCUGCUACGUGGACGCGGCGUCCGGUCUGGACGGCGUGUGCUGCACCCCUCCAGUGCAGGCGCAGUGCCCUCGCGGCCGUGUGUGCGUGACUCGGCAGCUGUGCAAUGAGCAAGGCAACGUGAUUACUGAUGGUACAGGAUUCUUGGAUAUCAGGAUCCUUGACAGGUGUGACCUGGGUGGUGGCGCGACGGGAGUGUGCUGCAACGAGCCCCCGCCUCCGGAACCACCGGUCGAGCAGUGUUCCCAGCCCAAUACGGUUUGCACACCCACUGGGUCCUGCGCAUCGGACUCCCUCUCGGCACCCAACGGUUACACAGAGACUUGUUACCGCACUGAGGGAAGCGGUGCCGUGGGUGAAUGCUGUCUGCAGGCGCCUCUUCUCACUUGUCCCGCCGACCACACCUGUAAUUUGAUCCACCAGUGCGCGGAGACCGCUACUAUCCUCGCUGAUAAGCCGAGCUGUCAGCUGAAUCCCGAACUGGUGGGUGUGUGCUGCACCAGAAAGUCCGAGCCCCAAAUUAUCGUAAACGUGUGCCCCAGUGACUCUGUGUGCUUGCCGGAAGUUCUGUGCCAGGGCAGUAGCAUCCAGACCACUGAAGUGCGCACCCACUGUCGCCUCAGUGGUACUGGAUAUUCCGACCCCGGAGUCUGCUGCGCUAACAUCAUCACGGAACCCGGAGUUCCCAGCCUGGAGUGUGGCGUGGGAAGUCCCGAAAUAGACACCCGCAUCCAAAACACUAACCUUGCUCACAAACAGGCACGGUUUGCAGAGUUCCCGUGGAUGGCUAUCGUGUUCUUCAGGAACCAAACCUACAAAUGCGGAGCUUCGGUGAUUGACGACCGUUGGAUUCUCACUGCAGCGCACUGCGUCGCUGGUUACACCCCUUACGAGCUGAGGGUGCGCCUUGGAGAGUACCAGGUGGACGUGUUCGACACUUUGUACCCUUACGAAGAUUACGAUCUGGCCAGGAUCGAAAUACAUCCUGACUUCAAUUCGGAUAACUUGCACAAUGAUGUGGCUGUGCUGGAGCUGACCACACCAAUCACCUACCGGUACCAUAUCAAUAGAGUCUGUCUCCCUCCUCCAGACAGAGUACACCCGUAUGGCACAGAGUGCAUUGCCACUGGAUGGGGCAAGGAUGCCUUCGAUGGCGGAAAAUUCCAGGUCAUUAUGAAAAAAGUUGCCCUCCCGGUGGUUCCCUCUGACAAAUGCCAAGAACUGCUGAGAGAAACGAGACUAGGGAAAUUCUUCAUACUGGACCCGUCUUUCGUGUGCGCUGGAGGCGAGGCCGGCCAGGACGCGUGUACUGGAGACGGCGGCGGUCCCCUCAUGUGCAGGAAUCCCACCACUGGCCAGUACGAGCUGUACGGCAUGACGGCGUGGGGCAUUGGGUGCGGCAUUCAGGGCAAUCCUGGUGUGUACGUGAACGUACCUUACUUCAUUAACUGGGUGUAUGGCAUCAUGCAGGCCACGCCCGAGCAGCAACAGCAGCACAACGCAGGACCUUAUACCAAAUGAGCUCUGCAUGGCGCCACGGAAAACUCAGAUUUUAACUAGUACUUAACUUUUAUACAAGGCAGUACCCAAAAUGCAUUCUGUGAUAUGUUGUUUGUAAUACUUGCGUCAGUGAGAAAUAUUUAGAAACAAUCCUGGGCAGAAACUGAUUGCUGACUGAUUGUUUAGUCACUGAUUUAUGUAGAAUCUUUUAAUGAAACGUUCAGGAAAUAAAAAUCGCCUGUUACUUCA